UGUAAACGGAAGUGAACAGUGACCAAGAACAUUUUCCACGAAAGCGAUUUUGUUAUUUACACGUUUAUUAACACCAUGGACCUUAAAAUAUGAUUAAUUUAACUGCACAACAUUACAUUAGUUACCUCAGGGAGUGUUUAAUUCGCGUUGGAGGCAGGAGUUGGUUGAUAGCUAGCAAGCGUUACUUACUAAAUUGAACAGCUAACAAUGGCUAACUGUAUGGUUUUUCACACUCAAAUAACCUCCAUCAUGGAGGUGCUAGCGAAUGCAGCCGUGGCAGAGAUCUGUAAACUCGUAGACGACGACUAUGCAGUGUUUCGUUUGGAAAUUUCUCAAAGCCAGAAAGAAAACAGGGCAUUGCGAAGGAAACUACAGCUACUGGAACUGAAGGUGGCACGAGAGCGCGUCCUCGCCAGUCGUCCCAGUAGUGUCAAGAUCCUCGACAGAUGCAGAGGAAUGGCAAGAGGUGAAGGACAUCUCACUGGAGGCCACAGGAGCCUUGUGAAGCAAGCGGGACACAAUACAUGGAGAGAUGACCAACCAAUCACUGUUGAUGAGGGGAGUGAAACCUUAACCCAGCACGUAAUUGUGAUAGAGUCUGAAGAUGCAGAGGCUGCAGGUCCUAGAGAAUCGUCUCUGGUCAAGCAGGAGGGGUCUGAAGGAGAAGAGGACCCAUGUCACAGCAGAGACAUCCAGACUGGAGCAGCAUCUGGAGUGCCCCCUGUAGCCACGGAGGACCCCACAUCCCCUACCCAGUCCAGGAUCCGACACAGCAUCACGGAGGUCAGUGGAAAGCCGAACUCCGCCCUCAAGUCAGAGACUGACACCAAGACAUUAACUGAAUCACACAGGCUACUACACACAGGAACUGACCACAGAUCAGACCCAGAGAGACUGGGGCUGGGGCCACUUGGUUGUCCUCCUGCUCCCGGUUCUGAAAACUUACCGGUAUUUCACCAGAGCCAGAAGACGGUUCAUUCCAGUGAAGAUGGUGAUGCGUUAGCCACUGGCGGUGAUGAUCCGUCUUGUUCUUACUCUACAGAGAUGGACCCUGGCAACAUAUCCUUGGGAUUAGAGACACAGACUCAUCUAUCUAGAGGGGACUGGAACCGGUACAGUAGUAGUGUGUACUCUGAAGGGUGCCUAGAUAAGAAAGGGGAGGUUAUAGUCAUUGAUGAAGUGACUGUGAAAAUGGAGGGUGACAUUCCUCUCACAUGGAAUGCAGAUAUUCACCUAGUUGACAGACACUCACAAGGCAGAGACUUCUUAGAUUACAGGGAAAGCUUAGAGACAAUUCCAAAUAAAGUGACCCACUCCCCUUUACACACGCUCAGGGAUCGGGACCCAGUGUCCACAUCGAUGGGGCCCUCCGAUUCACACUGUCUUUUCGAUCAGGUAUUGAACUCAAACGACAGUGCUAGAGCCCAGGCUCAGGGAGGGGGAGCAACAUUAGACAGUAGUAAAGAGAAACGGUUCCUCUGCAUGUUCUGUAACAAAGGCUUCAGCUGUCCUCAAAAGGUAGAGAUUCACCAGAGAUUCCACACAGGGGUGAAACCCUUCAGCUGUAACCAGUGUCACAUGUGCUUUGCCCAGGCUGGUGACCUGAAGAGGCACCAGAGGGUCCACACAGGGGAGAAACCCUACAGCUGCCCCCAUUGUGAGAAGAGGUUCUCCCGCCUGGACAAGCUGAAGAUGCACCUGAAAGUCCACACAGGAGAGAAGCCGUUUGCCUGUACGCACUGCAGGAAGAGGUUCUCAGAGAUGAGCUACCUCCGGAUACACCAGCAGAAAAACCAUUCCACUCUAUAGCUUCUGAGGUUUAGAUCAAACCCUGCAUUAAAGAUAAAUAAUAAUUUGUAUUGUCAGCCGAAAAGAUCCACAGAUGAAUUUGGAAUAAUGAGAGUAACAGGUUUCGGUGUUGAAUAUUCCUGGGUAGAAUAUUACAUCCAGACAUUUUGUGAUAUAUAAGUGAUAUAUGUGUAGGCUAUAUGAUGUUCACAAAUGCCUACUUCAUUACUUCCAUUAAACUACUUAAUUUUUUUCCCCAAGACACUUUUAAUGAGAAAAUGAAUUACGUUUUUCAAGUCUAUGCAAAUUUUUAGUUGAGGCGUGUUUGUGUGGUUUUCAUAUGGUAUAUUUAACACUUGUUUAUGUUUAAUAAACAAAAUGGGACUUUUCA